CUCCGGUAUGCCUCGUGUUCCAGAAAAUGAGCGCUUAAGAUGCAUUGACCAGUAGUCCAAUUCGAUGCAGCUGCAAUGCUUUCAAAAUUCGAACACCAACGGCUAUUUAGUCGCAGCUGCCACACCCACUUCAAAACCCAACAGUCGAGCAACGAUUAUAUCAGCUCGUUGUGCAAGCAAAAUCUCUUCAAACAAGCUCUCCAUGCUUUCGAUUUCGUCCGGAACAAUACCCGUUUCUGUAUAAGUCUCAGCACUUAUGCCCGUCUGCUCCUCGCCUCUUCUUCUUUAAAGUCCCUCGAGCAUGGCCGGAGAGUCCAUGAUCAUUUGCUGGGGUCUAAUUCUCGCGCCGAUGUCGUCCUCCACAAUCACAUUCUCAAUAUGUAUGGGAAAUGCGGGUCAUUGGCUGAUGCACGGAAGGUGUUCGACGGAAUGCCUGAGAGGAAUGUUGUCUCUUGGACUUCGAUGAUUGCUGGGUAUUCCCAGAAACAUCAGGAGGAGGAAGCAGUUAGGUUUUAUUUUGGGAUGCGACGUUCAGGUCUCGUGCCUGAUCAGUUUACGUUCGGAAGCAUGAUUAGAGCGUGCUCGGGUAUGGUCGAUGUCGAGUUGGGGAGGCAGCUGCAUGGUCAUGUGGUUAAAUCCGAAUUCGGGACUGAUUCGAUUGUUCAAAAUGCUCUCAUUGCGAUGUACUCAAAAUUUGAUAGAAUUGACGAUGCAGUUGGUGUUUUUGAGAGAAUUGAGAUGAAGGAUUUGAUUUCUUGGGGUUCGAUGAUUUCUGGCUUUGCUCAACAGGGCUGUGAAUUAGAAGCACUGAGCCUUUUCAAGGAAAUGCUUGAGUUGGGUGUCUACUUUCCUAAUGAGUUUGUAUUUGGGAGUGUUUUUAGCGCGUGUAGUGGGCUUUUACAAUUGGAGCAUGGGAAACAGACGCAUGGGUUAAGCAUAAAGUUUGGGUUAGGAAGAGAUUGCUUUGCUGGUUGUUCCCUUAGCGACAUGUAUGCGAAAUGUGGAUGCUUAGAUUCUGCGAGGAAGGCUUUCGGUCAAGUCCAUAUGCCUGAUUUAGUCUCAUGGAAUGCAAUUAUAGCUGGAUUUUCUUACGAGGAUGACAUCAAUGAGGCCAUGCUUCUCUUUUCACAGAUGAGGGAUUCGGGCUUAAAACCGGAUCAGAUCACUGUCCGCUGCUUGCUCUGCGCAUGCACAAGUUACGCUACUCUGAGUCAAGGACAACAGAUUCAUUCCUACAUUGUCAAAAUGGGCUUAGACUUGGAUGUUCCUGUCUGUAACACUCUCCUCACCAUGUAUGCAAAGUGCUCUGAUCUGUCCGAUGCAUUCAAAGCCUUUGAGGAGAUAAAAAGUGGCAGAGACUCAGUUUCCUGGAAUGCAAUUCUUACUUCAUGUAUGCAGCACGAUCAUAUGGACAAUGUUCUUCGACUAAUAAGAUUGAUGCACUGUUCUGAAAACAAGCUCGAUCAGAUCACCAUAAGCAAUGCAUUGGGUGCUUGCGCUCACUUGGCUACUCUAGAAAUGGGGAAUCAAGUUCAUGGCUGUGCUGUGAAGAUGGGGCUCGAGGUUGACCUUUCAGUUGCAAAUGGUUUGAUCGACAUGUAUGCGAAAUGUGGGAGCCUCGAGGAUGCUCAGAAAUUGUUUAAACUUAUGAGCAAUCCAGAUGUCAUCUCAUGGAGCAGUUUGAUUGUGGGGUAUGCUCAUUUUGGGUAUGGGAAUGAAGCUCUAGAACUCUUUAGUGAUAUGCGACAUUUAGGCAUUAAGCCUAAUCAUGUGACCUUUGUUGGGGUUCUUUCUGCUUGUAGCCGUGUCGGUUUGGUAGACGAAGGCUUCCGUUACUACAAAGCCAUGGUGGCUGAACAUGGCAUCGUACCAACAAGGGAGCAUUGUUCGUGCAUGGUUGAUUUGCUGGCCCGUGCUGGUCGCUUAAGAGAAGCUGAAAGAUUUAUUAAUCAAAUGCCAUUUGAUCCUGAUAUUGUAGUGUGGAAGACUCUUCUUUCUGCUUGUAGGACACAUGGAGAUGUGGAGCUUGGAAAGCGAGCGGCGGAAAAUAUCUUGAAGUUGGACCCUUCCAAUUCAGCAGCUCAUGUCUUGCUCUGUAAUAUCUAUGCUUUGAAAGGAUAUUGGGAUGAUGCUGCGAGGCUGAGGAAACUGAUGAAAAGCAGGGGUGUGAGGAAGCAUCCUGGUCAGAGCUGGAUCGAGAUCAGGGACAAGGUCCAUGUGUUUUUAGUAGAAGAUAAAUCACAUCCGGAAGCGAAUGAGAUAUAUGGAAUGUUAGGGGAACUGCGCUUGCAGAUGAGGGAAGCUGGUUACAUUCCCACCCAAAAAAUAAGCUUUGAACGACUCUUAGCAUGACUGAAGCUGGAGUUCCUUGUCUCUCAUUCUAAAAUAUCCGUCAGACCCAAAUUCCGGAUUCCAGUCUCCAUUCAACUGAACUCAUGUUCACUGUUCAGAAUGAUGUGGGCUUCAUUCAAGUAUGGUUGGAGGUCCUUCAACAAUGAAACAGGACAGAAGUAUGGGAUUGAUGACCUAAGAUGAGACUCUUAACAAGAAUUCUUACAAGCAUUCCUAUCUUUGAACUUGUAGGGGGUGUUGGCAGCUUGGAUUUUUGGGCAUUUCGAAUUGGAAUUCAAAUCCAGGCCAAAAUAUUGUGUUUGGCACCCUGGAAUUUGGAGGUUGAAAUCCUAAAUAAGUCCACCUUUCCUUUCCUAUUUAAAAGUUGGCUUGCAAAAUCCUAGGAUUUUGAAAUCCUCUCUAACAGUCAUAUUUUUCAAAUUGGUUAUUUAAAGAGAGCACAUGCCUUCUCCACACCUCCAAAUCCAGGUUGCAAAGCACAAGUUCUAAGUUCUGUAGAUUGAAAAUUUAGGUUGACAAACGCAACUGACAGAAUAUGAAAAUCUCAGGGAUUCCAAAUCCAAGCUGCCAAAUGACCCCCAUAGAAUUUUCUGAAUCUUUAAUCACAAGUUUGCGAAUUUGUGUUGGAAGAAGUUAUCAUUUUCUUUGUCCAAACAACUUUGAUUUAGGUUGUUAUUUCAUCUGCUGGCUGCAGCAACUCAUAAUAUGUGCUGUGUUCUGUAUGGGAGUUGGAUGAAAUUCUAUUUUUCUGAGCAGGUAGGUGCACUUACAGAAGUUAUAGGCAUCAAAACGGCCCCUAACGAGCUCUAUUUCCUUCAAGAAACGCCCUGGAGAGAUCUCGUUCUUGCCCAAUCUUCCCUCGAUUUCACCGAAGGCAGAUUUCUGCCAUUAUUAUGAUUUUCAAAGAAGGGAAGAGUAGUAAUUAGAAAAAGGGGUUGGAAUUUGUGAAGAGAUUGUUUCUGUUGAGGAAUUUGCUAAACCCACACGCUUGUGGAGUCUUGCACAUCCAUUUGCAAGCACACAUGGUGGAUUCCGAGGAACCCCAAUCCUCCGAACAAGUUUGCAAUUUCUUCUGCAAACCAUCCAAGAACAAGAACAUCCAAAAACGGACGAUUGACACCGAUGUUGACACUGAAGACGGUGAUCAAGAAAAGUCCAAUAUCUCCUUUCAUCCACAAGCCAAAAAUGCCCCCGAGACUCAAUAACAAGCUCCAUUUCUCAACUGUUGGAUCGUCAAAGAGAGCAACAGAAUCCGCUGAAUCCAAUGCUGAAGAAUCAAAAGACACUCCACUUUUCCAUUUUGAAUCAUCCAAGGAAAUCCAAGUCCACCAUGACAGCCGAGCGACAGCAACCUUAGAAACAGAGACUGAAUUUUCGAAAGAUGCCCGUGCGAUCCUAAAGCAGGCGGUGCAUGCUUUGAAGUGAAAAAAGAAAGGCGUUGAUGACGUGAAGGUGUAUAAAGGGAUCCAUGGGUACACUGAUUACAAAGCUGGCUUCUGACGUGAACAAACGGUUUCAAGUGAGAAGGCUGGUGGGGUUCAUGGACCACUUAGAGCUUCAGCACAAGUCAGGUCUUCAGCGAGGUUUGAUUACCAGCCAGAUAUAUGCAAGGAUUACAAGGAGACUGGUUACUGUGGGUUUGGAGAUGCAUGCAAGUUUAUGCAUGAUAGAGGGGAUUAUAAGCCUGGAAUGCAGAUGGAGAGAGAGUGGGAGGAAGCUGAGAAGGUGAGAAAGAGGAAUUUCGCAUUGGGAGGGAAUGAUGAUGUGGACUGGGAGAAUCAGAGUGAUGAUGAUGAGGAUGAUUCAUUGCCCUUCGUGUGUUUCAUAUGUAGGCAGUCAUUCAAGGAUCCUGUUGUUACAAAAUGCAAACACUAUUUCUGUGAGCAUUGUGCGCUGAAGCACCAUUCAAAGAACACGAAAUGCUACGUGUGCAAUAAGCCGACCCUUGGGAUCUUCAACACAGCUCAUGAGAUCUGUAAAAAAAUGGCAGAGCAAAAAUAAUCAUUUAAACUGUCCAUCCGAUCCCAAUUAAUUGCAAUAAGGCUUAGAUGACGAUGAUGAUGAUAUGAACUGUUCCACCUGAUAAAUGGCUGGUGUACAGUUCACAGGUUGGCUGGUGUGUUGCUGCUGGUGAUGAUUAGCCCAGAAUGAAAGGAGACGACCUGGAACUCUCUGCUCUCCACGUAAAGACAAAUGUAGAAGAGAAAGGAGAUCCUGAAUACAGGGUUUUAUUAGAUCAGGUCCGAAUAUGAUGCUGGCAUGGGUAGGACAAGAUGCUUUAUUAGU